AUUGGAGAGGUCGCCUGUGCCGGGCCAACGCGUCGCCAUCCAUUGCAGUCCUUGCUCCCUCCCCUCCAUCCUGCUUCCACCUUUCCCCCUUGACCAUAGCGAUAACUCCUCAACCAUGUCCAUAUCCACCGCCGCGCGCGCGAUGCGCAUAGUCGCUAUCCCCCUCACGCGCCCCGCGGGCGACGCGACGCUCAAGUCGGCAGCACCGCGUACGAUGCUCACGUACUACCAUUUCCAAAUCUCGAAGCCGCCGAAGCCGUCGCGGCAGAAGACGGCGGACGUCCAGGGGGCGGAGAAGCGCCCGCACUGGUGGUCGACGCCGGAGGAGGGUUGGGCGGAUUGGGUGACGAAUAAGGCGGCGCAGACGUGGGCGGGGUUCGGGAAGGCGAAGGAGGGGUCGUGGCAGGUGAGAGUGUACGAGUACGGGGAGCGCCUGGUGGACCGCAUCGACUUUGAGGAGUUGGCGCUGAAGGGGAUCGACCCGUCUAUUGGCCCGACGAUCACUCAUCCUGAUGUUACCGGGAGCGAGAGCAGCGGCAGUAAGGUGUCAGAAAGCAUACCUCUGCUGUAUCCCCCGUCAGUCUUGACUGGCCCGGGUACUCUGGCACACCUCAAGUCGCUGGUCGACCACCGAGCACCGCGACAUAAGAAGGGCUGCAUCGUGUGGGCGAUUGCCGCGCCGCUCACUGCACCCUUCAUGAUCGUUCCCAUCAUCCCCAACCUUCCGUUCUUCUUCUGCGUCUGGCGCUCGUGGUCGCAUUAUCGAGCCUGGCGCGCCUCCCAAUACCUCCAAUCCCUCAUCGACAGCGGCGCAAUCCACCCCGAGCCCAGCGAAGCCCUCGAGAUCCUCUACCGCUCCUACCGUCCAACUCCACGGGAACAGCCAACCAAGGCGCAGGAGGCCGAGGGCAAGAUCGUUGAGGCACGCGCCAAUCCCGACAUCGACUUGUUACUGUCGAAGGACUCCGUCCCCGCGGUCUUGCAGAUCCUGAACCUGAAGCCUUCGGCAGAGGCGGAUCUGUACCGCGCGCUGGAGCAGGCGCGAUUGAGGUUGAAGAGGGGGGAGGUGAAGAAGGCAGAGUGAUGUGCAGUGAAGGAGGUGGAGGGGACGGAGUUAUGAUCUUCUUCUUACCCGAGAGAUAUUGCAGUGAAGGAGUCGGAGGCGCCGCGGUGAGGGGUAGCGGCAGUUGGCUUUGCAAUUGUGCACGGCGGGGCGCCUGCUAUAUGUGAUGCAGAGGGUUCAGCGAUGCUUCUGACUGGUCGAACAUGGCUAUCCUAGAGGGUAUAUAUUGUGUAUCAUCGUGGACUAUAGGUUUUCCAUGGUCAUAAUCAACCAUAUGUGGCGAUUAUGCCGACUCGCAUCACAC